CCCAUAAAGUAAAGAGAGAGAGAUGGGAAGAUAAGAAGCAUGGGUUGUUGAGAGAGAGAGUAGCACGGCAAGAGCGUGCUCUUGUUUACCCACCCCCUUCUUCUCCGCCUAUCGAAUCGAUCUGCCGAGCAGAAGAGAAGAGCAAGCGAAGAGAGAGACGAUAAGGGCGGGCCAGCGGAUGGCGACGGGAGCGGCGGUGCGGGCGGCUGCCGCGGACGCGGUGGUGACGUUCCUGUGGGUGCUGUGCGUCUCCACGCUGGGCGCCUCGACGGCGGCCGUGACGUCGUACCUGAGGGUGCAGGAGGGCUUCCACUACGCGCUCCUCGUCACCGUCUGUCUCCUCACCCUCCUCCUCUUCGCCUUCAACCUCCUCUGCGACGCUCUCGGCGGCGCCAGCUUCAACCCCACCGGCGUCGCCGCCUUCUACGCCGCUGGACUCACCAGCCCCUCCCUCUUCUCCGUCGCGCUCCGAUUCCCAGCGCAGGCCGCCGGCGCUGUGGGCGGCGCUCUUGCUAUCUCGGAGCUGAUGCCGGCACAGUACAAGCACAUGCUCGGGGGGCCCUCGCUCAAAGUGGAUCCCCACACCGGCGCCGUCGCCGAAGGGGUGCUCACCUUCGUCAUCACCAUGGCCGUGCUCUGGAUCAUCGUCAAGGGUCCCCGCAACCCCAUUCUCAAGACCUCGAUGCUCUCCAUCUCCACCGUAUGCCUCGUCCUGUCCGGCGCAGCCUACACCGGCCCUUCCAUGAACCCAGCCAAUGCAUUUGGCUGGGCAUACGUUAACAAUCGCCACAACACAUGGGAGCAGUUCUAUGUGUACUGGAUAUGCCCCUUUAUUGGUGCCAUUCUUGCUGCAUGGAUCUUCAGGGCUGUGUUCCUACCACCGCCACCUAAGCCGAAGGCCAAGAAAGCAUGAUGAACACCAUUUGGUCGUGGAUGCUGGAUAAAAAGAAACCAGUGUUAAUUGCUAGAAACAGAGGAACACAAAUAAUAAGUUCCUGAUGUAUUUAUUUAUCACAAUUUCCCAGCAUAUUGAAAUACACUGAUUAGCCAGGUACUCUGUUAUCCAUCAUCAUUAAUAAUUUGUUCUGUAUUGAUGAACUUA